AUGGGUAAUCUUCCAGUGACGACUCUUGAAGCACUUAAAAGCCGAAUUGACUCGGCCUGCGUCGACCCUGACAACGGACUACCGGGCGCUGCUGCUGCAGUUGUUGGAAAGAAUGGAAAGUUGUUGUUCUCUCACGCAGGCGGACAGAGAGGACACGGAAGCACCGAGCCACUGGCAACCGACAGUGUCUUUUGGAUCGCGUCAUGCACAAAAUUGAUCACUGGGAUUGCAUGCAUGCAGCUUGUGGAACAGGGGCAGCUCUCCUUGGAUGAUGCCAACGAACUUGAACGCAUCUGCCCAGAGCUGAAGGACGUGAAAGUCCUGCAAGAAGAUGGCACAUUGGUCGAAAAAACGAGGGGCAUUACGUUGAGGAUGCUAUUGACCCACACAGCUGGCUUUGGAUAUGCCUUCAUGAAUACCAAAUUACGGGACUCCAGCCGCCCGAUUGGCUUCGACGAGUUCUCGGGAUAUUUCAGUGACUUCAAGCAGCCGCUUGUGCACCAGCCAGGAGAAGCCUGGGAGUAUGGUGUAAAUAUCGAUUGGGUAGGCGUUGUGAUUGAACGUGUUACCAAGAAGACACUGAAUGAAUACUUCCACCAACACAUCUUUGAGCCACUGGGCCUUACUCAGAUAUCCAUGAUCCCAACUUCAGCCAUGAAGGAAAAAUUAGCCUAUAUGCACCAGCGAGACUCAACCGGCCGAAUCUCUCCUCGGGAUCAUUUGCUCCGACGACCGCUGACGGUGGAAAACAAAUCCGAUGUGGAAUCACUCUUCAACAGUGGCGGAGCGGGAUGUUUCUCGACACCCCAAGAUUAUUGCCAAAUCCUAGCGAUACUGCUUAACGACGGGACUUCACCAAGUACUGGAUCGCAGCUAUUGAAAAAAGACACCGUGGACGAAAUGUUCCGCGACCAAAUCGCGAACCUUCCGCCACUGUCUGAAAAGUACAUUCCCGACGCAAAGCCUGAUCUGACGAAUUCUGGCACAGGACUGCACCCAACCGUUGCCGGGGACCGUCAGGGUUGGGGCCUGACCUUCUUGCUAAGCGGGGGCUUGACGGGUCGUUCUGUGGGAACAGCCCAAUGGUCUGGCCUCCCUAAUCUUUACUGGUGGUGCGAUCGUGACAAUGGUUUGGCGGGUAUAGUUUGUGCCCAAAUCCUGCCGUUUGGCGACGCCCAAGUCCACCAACUGUAUCAGGAUAUUGAGGCAGGAGUGUAUAAAGGACUUGCCUCAGCUUAG